UUUGCGCAACUGAAAAUACAGGUCGUACAGAAACAGUUGUUGUCUUCUGACUGAGAUACUCUGGAACAUGUUGGGGCAAGUACCGUAACCAAAAUGAAGGGGAAAGUGAUUAUUUUACUGUAAAACACUGAAACUACUGUACGUAUAUGUAGUUAGAUAGCUAAUAACUUAUUGUCUUCUAAGCCUGUUGUGUGAAAGUGGUCACAAUGUUCAUUCUUAAACGCGUGGUGUGCGUUGGGGGCAUCAUUGUUCCUCUAUGCACCUCCCUCUCUGCGAGCAAUUUCUCUGCUUGCCAUUGCUUAAAAUCCCCAAAGAGACCCAGCCCGUAUAGCUCAGUGGACAGUGAGCGCUACUCUUCUCUUGUGAAGUCCGUCAUGUCCUCCAAGGUCAGUUCACAAACGCCCGAGACCCUCCAAACGGAGGACGAGCACGUUUAUGGACCUGUUAUCAAAGCUCAGACGCCCUCCUCAAGACCAGAGACGAGGGUACCCAAAACCCUGCAUCCCUUCCUACACUGCGAUCAAACUCUAGAAACAGAGGAGUUAGAGUCGGGACCUCCAGCACGGAUUUUGUUAAACCGGGGCCAAGGCAGGUCUUCUGUCCCGAGUGUGACCCGGAUUCUUCAGCAGACACUUUCCCCAGAGCAGAUCUUCUACCUGGAGAGAUGGAAGAGAAAAAUGAUUGCAGAGCUUGGAGAGGAAGGCUUCAAAGACUACAGUCAGAAUUUAUUUAGGCAAGGGAAGCUUUUCCAUUCAGCUUUGGAGGAUAUCCUGACCUCAGGUGAAACAUGGAGAAACAAAAAUCCUUCAGAGACAACAGAGCAUUCACCUGAGAUCCAAGGAUACAUGGAGAGCAUCUCUCAUGUACUGGAGGAUGUCAGAGCAGUGAGAGCUACUGAAAGCACUGUGCAACACGACACACUGAACUAUCUGGGAAUUGUGGAUUGUGUUGCCCGCUACAGGGGUGUGCUAUGUGCAAUCGACUGGAAGACUUCAGAGAAGCCUAAACCAUUCCUGAGCAACACAUAUGACAAUCCUGUUCAGGUGGCUGCCUACGCCGGGGCUCUGAACAACGACGGCAACUACAAAUACCAGGUUGAAAAUGGACUCAUCGUAGUGGCCUACAAGGAUGGCUCACCUGCCCAUGCUCAUAAGUUGAACUCAGAGCUGAUGUUGGAGUACUGGAAAACAUGGUUGAUCCGUCUCGAAGACUUCACACAACAAAGAUCAAGUGCCUUUGUGGAAAAGAGAUGAGAUGAAGAGGGAUCUGUAAGGGCAUGUCCGUUAAGGGAUUUCAGUUUAAUGCAACUAAACCUGAACUGAAUAUAUAAAACACGCCCAGUGCAAUAGGACGGUAAAAACA